AUGUCACGUCCCGAAGAUGUUCUGCCUCCGGAUCUAUUUUACGAUGAUAAUGAAUCGCGAAAAUAUACCACGUCGUCACGAAUUCGUAACAUCCAGUCGGACAUGACACAUCGAGCACUGGAGCUUCUUAACCUUGAUGCGCCCUCUCUGAUUUUGGACGUCGGCUGCGGUUCCGGCCUCUCAGGCGAGAUCCUUUCGCAGGUUGGGCCUGAGCAUAGUGGUCCACACACAUGGGUAGGCAUGGAUAUUUCUCCCAGCAUGCUCGACGUGGCACUUCAGCGCGGGGUGGACGGCGACCUCUUUCUCGCAGAUAUUGGACAAGGCGUUCCUUUCCGGCCUGGAACUUUCGACGCAGCCAUCAGUAUCAGUGCUAUUCAGUGGCUCUGUAAUGCGGAAUCGAGCGAUGUCAGUCCUGAGGGCCGAUUGCGUCGCUUUUUUGAAGGUCUUUACGCUAGUCUUCGACGUGGGGGCCGCGCAGUCUGUCAGUUUUACCCGAAAAAUGACGCUCAACGAAGCAUGAUCAGUGGAGCCGCGAUGAAAGCUGGCUUCGGGGCGGGCAUUUUAGAAGAUGAUCCCGGUACGAAAAAUAGCAAGCUUUAUCUCGUUCUCACUGUCGGUGGUGGCGGUCUUCAAGGCGAUAUCACCGGGAUUGUGAACGGCAUGAGCGACGUCGAUGUGCUGGAUGCCAGAAAAAGAGCUAUGGAGAAAGGAAAACCUUCGGUCACGAGGAAAGGGGACAAGGCUUGGAUUAUGCGUAAGAAAGAACAGAUGACGCGGAAGGGCAAGGUGGUCAAAGCAAACUCGAAAUACACCGGCAGGAAGCGGCGCCCUGCAUUUUGA